GGGGUAAAAUGUAACUCAAAAUAAAGGGGCAUUUUCCGAUAAUGUGUCUGAACUGAAGAAGAUACAAUCCGAUUAGAAUUGGGGGAGAGUAGCUGGAGAGGUCCUGCUUGCUUGCUUGCUUCGCUCGCUUUCCUUCUCUCCGUUAUCUAUCGUCUCUUUCUGCGCCGUCAACCACUGCCUUCGUUUCACUGGAUAAGAAAAUCCUCAACUCGCUUCCACAUAUUCAAUUAUAAAAAAAUUAUAUUAAUUUUUUCUUUUGAAAAAAUUAAAUGGCUCACACUUUGGUCUCCACCUCUACUUCCUCACUCCGAUUCAACUCCCUUGCUUUGGCUCCAAACCCUACUUCUUACUCCGACCCUCCCAAGCUCUCUCUCGCUUUCGAACCCUUGCGUUCUAGGAAAUCAAGAAAGCUAGUUGGUAAUGUGAAUAAUGCUCAAAAUUCACGCAUCAAGGCCGUUUACUCUAGUGAGUAUUGGGUGCCAGAGAAGAACUCGCGCGAGGGAAUUUGGUCCAUAAGGGAGGAUGUGCAAACCCCAUCAUCACCGUACUUCCCCACAUAUGCACAGGGACAGGGGCCACCACCAAUGGUGCAAGAGCGCUUUCAGAGUGUCAUUAGUCAGCUAUUUCAGCAUAGAAUAAUUCGAUGUGGUGGUGCUGUUGAUGAUGACAUGGCCAACAUAAUUGUUGCUCAACUUCUUUAUCUCGAUGCUAUUGAUCCUAGCAAGGAUAUUGUCAUGUACAUAAAUUCACCUGGUGGAUCGGUUACAGCUGGAAUGGCCAUAUUUGACACAAUGAAGCAUAUCCGGCCUGAUGUCUCCACUGUAUGUGUUGGACUAGCUGCUAGUAUGGGAGCGUUCUUGCUAAGCGCUGGCACUAAAGGGAAAAGAUUCAGCUUACCAAACUCAAGGAUUAUGAUCCAUCAGCCGCUUGGUGGAGCUCAAGGUGGGCAAACCGAUAUAGAUAUUCAAGCAAAUGAAAUGUUGCAUCACAAGGCAAAUUUAAAUGGCUACCUCUCUUAUCACACCGGUCAAAGUCUAGACAGGAUUAACCAGGACACCGAUCGCGAUUUCUUCAUGAGUGCAAAAGAAGCCAAAGAAUAUGGACUUAUAGAUGGUGUGAUUUUGAAUCCUCUCAAAGCUCUCCAGCCUUUGCCCGUUGCAGCAGCUGACGGUGAAGCUGGUAAAUCUGCCGCAGAAACUACAUCAGACAGCUAAGGUGAUAUGGCCUGUAAACUUCUCCCAAAAAGCAUAUGAUUAUGAAUAACUGUUGUAGAGUUCGAUGAAAGGAUUCCUAUAGUUUUCCCAUCUCAUUUUAAUGUCGAGCAAUUUAGUAUUUUUGUUAAGACUUGAGACAGAGUAGUAGGAAAUCUUUAAGUUUUGACAUUUCGUCCCUCUGAGAUACAUAUUGAGAAAUAGAUUAUUUGCAAUUGACUUA